AUGCUCCAGUCGGCUGCAGCUGGAGCUAAUACUCCACCUGCAUCCUCUUCCUCUUCUAAACUGUCUCAUUCCUCCUCUUCGAAACCUGAAAAGAAAACCAAGAAUGUUAGUGAUGUUUCUGGUGAGAUGACCUCAGUAGAAUUGCCUCAAGUAGAUAUGGAGUUAGAAGACAUGGCUGCUGACACUGAGAGACUAAACUCAGUGCUCGGCAGUUUAACUCCCGGUGGUUCGUCCAAUGGGGAGGGUGUGGUGUCAGAGAGGGAGUUCUCCGAUGAGGAUGAUUUUAAUUUCGUUGAAAACAACAUUUUAGACAAAACUGGUGGUGGUGGUGAUGGUGGCUGUAAAGCAACUUUUUGGUUCGAGAACUCAAAGAGGAAGAGUUAG